AUGCCAUCAGAACAUCCCCUCCGUAUGGGGGUUCUUGGUGCAUUCACGACAGCUCUUUAUGCCUCUUGUGCUCUAGCUGCGACAGAUGACUCUGACGUGUUAAAAUAUGUCGAUCCUUUGAUCGGAACUGCCAAUGGAGGCCAUGUAUUUGCAGGUGCGACGUUGCCAUUUGGCAUGGCUAAGGCCGUUGCAGACACGUCGGGUGAGAACCAGGCUGGCUUCGCUUAUGAUACAAAUGUUGUCACCGGAUUUUCGCACAUGCACGACUCUGGAACCGGCGGCUCUCCAUCGAUGGGCAAUUUCCCAAUCUUCCCGCAACCGAAUUGUCCCGGCGAUGAUAUCCAUCAGUGCAAAUGGCAGCAGAGGGAUCGUGCGGUGACCUGGAACAGGGAAUCCCCUGAGGCUCGCCCUGGCUAUUUUGGUAUUUCAUUGGCCAAUGGUGUUCACGCAGAGAUGACAACAACAAAUCGAUCUGCCUUGUACCGGUUCAAGUUCAACAAUACUUCCAACCAGCCGCUCAGCCCGGUUAUUCUUGUCGAUUUGAUGGAUUUACCUCAGUCACGAAGAAACGGAACUGCUCAUGUCGACCGCUCAACUGGUCGGCUUUCUGGAAGUGGUACUUUCAGCCCAAGCUUUGGAAUUGGCAGAUAUAACUCUUAUUUCUGCGUUGAUUUCAAGGGAGCGGAGCUUCGUGAAACAGGAUCCUGGUCUAAUAAUGGAGUCGACUUCAGCAAACCGAGUUUGUCGCUCGGGGUCAACUCAUCUUCCACAGUAUCCGCUGGCACAUUUGCCAGAUUUCGCAGCCCCAAAGACGACACCAUUCUUGCCCGAGUGGGUGUCAGCUUCAUAAGUGCCGACCAGGCAUGCUCCAACGCAGAGCGAGAGCAACCUGAAUUCGACUUUGAGGGCACCGUCUCCGCAGCCGAGGCUGCUUGGCGGAAGAAGCUAGGGGUCAUUUCCGUAGAUGCCCAAGGAGUUUCAUCUGAGCUGCAAGAAGUCUUUUGGAGCGGAGCAUACCGCUCAUUGAUUAGCCCUCAAGACUACACAGGAGAGAACCCCCUGUGGAAGAGUGACGAGCCAUACUAUGACAGCUACUACUGUAUUUGGGACUCGUUCCGCAGCAUUCACCCACUCCUGACGCUGGUUGACCCCUUGUCGCAAUCUCUAAUGAUGCGCAGCUUGAUUGACAUAUAUCGACACGAGGGCUAUCUGCCCGACUGUCGCAUGUCCCUUUGCAAGGGCUAUACACAGGGUGGGUCCAACGCAGAUGUGUUGAUGGCAGAUGCGUAUUUGAAAAAGGUCGACGGCAUCGACUGGGAUACUGCCUACCAGGCUGUGGUCAAGGAUGCGGAGGUGGAGCCUGCGAACUGGGACGUCGAAGGGCGUGGUGGUCUUCACAGCUGGAAGCACCUCGGCUAUAUUCCAUUCCAGGAUAUUGAUCCAUACGGCCGGGGCACGCACACUCGCAGUGUCUCACGGACAGUGGAAUAUGCGUACAACGACUUUUGUAUUGCUGAGAUGGCGAAGGGUAUGGGUCACCAUGCUGAUUAUGAGAAAUACACGAUGCGAGCCGGAAACUGGAUUCACGUAUUCAAGCACGAUCAAAAGUCAAGCAUCAAAGGCGUGGACACGGGCUUCACCGGUUUCCUCCAGCCUCGGUAUCCGAACGGGACAUGGGCUUACCAAGAUCCGAUAUUCUGCAGUCCUUUGUUGAACUUCACGUCUUGUUACCUUAACCCCGAUGGCCACGAGACAUAUGAAGGCAGUGCAUGGAUGUACACUUUCUAUGCACCCCACGACAUGGGCUCUCUAAUCAAGACCCUCGGUGGUGCCGAGUCCUUCACAUCUCGCCUGCGUUAUCUCCACGACUCCGGAUUGCUCUACAUAGGUGACGAACAGGCAUUCUUGCCUGUUUAUCAAUACCACUACGCUGGACGACCCGGUCUCUCUGCGUACCAGAGUCAUUCCUACAUUCCGUCUCAAUUCAACACUACUGUGGCCGGAAUCGCUGGCAAUGACGACAGUGGUGCAAUGGGUUCAUUCGUGGUUCUGAGCAUGAUGGGUCUGUGGCCAGUCCCCGGUCAGGACGUCUACCUGAUCACUCCGCCGUAUUUCAAAGAAGUCAGCAUUCGCAAUCCUGUCACCAACAAGGUUGCCACUAUCCGCAACAUCAACUUUGACCCCAGCUAUAAGUCCAUUUACAUCCAAAGUGCUAAGUGGAAUGACAAGCCAUGGACCAACAACUGGCUCACUCAUGACUUCUUUGCUGAGGGUGGUGUUCUUGAGCUCGAGCUUGGGCCCAAGGAGAGUGACUGGGGAACUCACAUUGAGGACCUUCCUCCGAGUAUCAGCAAAUACGAGUAA